ACUCUUCUGAGUUCUAGGGUUUCAUUCCUUCUCUCCUUCGAUCUGUCAAUCCGAUUCAAAUCGAUUAGGGCUCCGGUAGACGAACUAAGAUGCCGCAGAGACAUUCGAAGAACAAUAACGAUUUAGCCUUCUUCACGUACGAUGAGAAGAGGAAGCUAGGGUACGGGACGCAGAAGGAGAGGUUGGGAAGGGACUCCAUCAAGCCUUUCGAUGCUUGCUGCCUCUGCUUGAAACCUUUCAUCGAUCCCAUGUGUUGCCAGAAAGGCCAUGCCUUUUGUAAAGAAUGCAUUCUGGAAUGCCUGUUGGCCCAGAAAAAGGAUAUUCAAAGGAAGCUUGCCGCCCAUACUGCUCAGCAGAAGCAAGAGAAGGAAGAGGAGGAAGAGAGGUUGAUGUUGCAGAAAGCAAGAGAGCUUGAUGCAUUUGAUCAGCAAAACCAUGGUGCAGUGCCACAAUACAGUGACAGAAACCACAGCCGAGACAAGAAUGGCUUCCAUGGGGCAAACAGUGUGAAAGCCACUUCUUAUGAAGAGGAGGCACUCAGGACAAUGAAAGCAUUUUGGCUUCCUUCUGCCACACCAGAAGCUCCUGUUAAAGUUGAAGCUCCUUCUAGUUGUACAAGCUGUCCAGAAGGCAAGGAGAAACUCAAGCUGAAAAGCCUGUUUCCUAUUCAUUUCACUGAAGACAAAAGUGAGCAGGAUAGAUCCAAUCCUCUCGAUAAAUCCUAUAUCUGUCCUAGCUGUAAGGUUACUCUGACCAACACAUUGUCGCUGGUGGCCCUAAGCUCUUGCGGUCAUGUCUUCUGCAAGAAAUGUGCAGACAAAUUUAUGGUGGUUGACAAGGUUUGCUUGGUUUGUAAUAAGGCAUGUAAAGAGAGGAACUUGGUGAACUUGGAGAAAGGAGGGACAGGCUUUGCGGGCCACGGGGACCAUCUUGAAGCUAGAGACUUCAAGCAUUUGGGAAGUGGUAGUGGUUUAGGGCUUGUGAGACCUGCAAUGAAGACAUAAACUCAGUUUUUGUGGGCUUGUGGUUUGCCUUUUUCUGAAAGGACUAGGGAAGUUGGAAACAAGCUAAAGCCACUAGGGUGCAACAAGGCUCUUCCAGAUUAUGAUUUUGCUUUCUCUAUGUAUAAUACAUUAAAUGCUUGUUAUUUUUUUUUCUUUUUCUUUUUCUUUUCUAGUUAUUAUCAUACCUUAUCUAUCUGUAUUUUCUAUAAUAUGGUUGUUUGGAUCUUUGACCCUCUUAGAUACUUUAGACUGCCUUGUUCACAGUUGUACCAAUCUAACUGUAUUUUUGAUAAAUUGGUUGAAGAGAUGGUUGGAGUGGUAGUUAUUUAGUUCAUCGACCCCUUCGUAAAGGGUGUUUGUUUCAUAGGGCAGAUUCUUGUGUUUGCCUUUCUUUUCCUCCCGAAGAAACAAAUAUCUAGUUC